CCUACUUUAUGCACCAACCAUAAUUAGACUUGAAGGCUAAAAAGCUCAAAUAAUAAAAUAUGCAAUUUAAUCAUCUAUAAACAAUGUCUAUCCACAAUGGAUCAUGCAAAUAACACAUUCUUUUGAUUCUAUUCUAUAUACAUUAUCAUGACAUUGUCUGUGAUUAGAACAAAACGAGACUUGGUUAAACCUGCCAAGGAGACUCUAUUUACCAUGCUAGAUUUAUCGGUAAUCGAUCAAUUACCUGUUCUAAGAUGCAAUGUUAGAACUUUGCAUGUGUUUAGACAUGGCCCUGAAGCACCAAGGGUCAUAAGAGAGGCAUUGUCGCUAGCGCUCGUUCCCUACUACCCUCUUGCAGGACGAGUCAAAGAGUCUGAACCUCGGUGCCUACAAAUCGAAUGCUCAGGUGACGGUGUGUGGUAUGUUGAGGCAUCAACUGAUUGCAAACUUGACUCUGUCAAUUUCUUUGAUGACAUGGAGUCAAUUCCAUAUGGUAAUCUUCUUCCCGACGAUGUUCACGAGAUCAAACACAUUGAUCCCCUUGUUCAAAUGCAGGUGACACAAUUUGGUUGUGGGGGUUUUGUGAUAGGUUUAGUGUUCAGCCAUAGCAUAUGCGAUGGCCUUGGUGCUGCACAAUUUCUAAAUGCAGUUGGGGAGCUAGCUAGAGGACUUGACAAACCUACCAUCAAACCAGUGUGGAAUAGGAACUUUGUUCCCUCUCCUCGAGCACCAUCACUGCCAAAAAUAUCUCUUGCUUGUCCACCUCAAAUGUCACACUACAAUCUAGAGCAUUCUAACAUAGACAUACCUAUGGAUCAAAUCAACCGGCUGAAGAGACAGUUCCAGCAAGUAACUGGACAAAGUUGUUCUACCUUCGAAAUUGUUGCUGCAUUGUUUUGGAGCAGCAGAACAAGAGCCAUAAAUUGUGAUCCCAAUACCAAAGUGAAGCUUGUGUUCUUUGCAAAUUGUCGACAACUCAUAAACCCUCCUCUACCCAAGGGUUUCUACGGAAACUGUUUCUUCCCAGUGACAACUACAGCUUCAUGCAAGUCACUUAGAAAAGCACCAAAUAUCUUUGAAGUGGUGAAGCUGAUCCAAGAAGCAAAGGCCAGGUUACCUUUGGAGUUUGUCAAGUACUUGAAUGGUGAACAUAUAAAAGGUGGUGAUGAAAUUGAGGAGGAUCCGUUUGCACCUACACCAAAUUACGCCACACUCUUUAUGUCUGAGUGGGGGAGGUUGGGAUUCGACAAUGUAGACUAUCAGUGGGGUCCACCUGUCCAGGUGGUCCCCAUUCAAGGGUCUAGCAUUGUACCAGCUGGCAUUAUGCGCUCGCUGCCUCUCCCGAACAGAGGGACUCGUUUGGUUACAUGGUGCGUGGAGGAGGCGCAUCGCCUUCCCUUCAUUGAUGAAAUACAUGGUCUUAUAAAGCAGCAACUGUUAUAAGCUUAACCUUGCCAUAUUCUAAAUGUAUUUGCCUUUUUUAUGCAUAAUAACACAAUGUUACUAUGAUUCAAAGAUACAAAGUUGUGUCGGUCAGGAUACUAAAAUGCGGUUUCUAUUGUCUGUAUUUUGUAACAUCCUCUUUUCAAAUAAAGUGUAUAUUCUAUAU